UGAUCGCGGCGCCCCCUGUCUCCGCUCUCCGAGGGCGUGUGAUGCCAGCGCCCCCUAUCUUUCGCUCGCCGGGGGCAUGUGAUCGCGGCGACGCCCAUCACCUCGCAGAGAAUGUCAUGUGAUUGUGGCGCCCCCAUCGUGCCCAUCCACCAGGACAUGAGGAAUGCGAAGGUGGUCGGAAAAUAGGAGGAUCAGGAGGGAGUUGAAAGAGGAGAGAGGAGAUGAAGGUAACAACAAGAGGAGAAAGACAAAUGCAGAGGAAGAAUGAGGGAGAAAGAGGGAGAUGAAUUAUUUGAGUCGCAUCUGCGUCAACGACGAUGGAUGGCCAGUUGAUGGUUUAAGAGAUGGACAAUGCAGAUGCGAGGCGGUGAGGCAUGCGCACUGAGAGCGACGCACGCUAGAUAUUCGCCAGUACACCACCAGUGUAAAGACUUUUUACUGAUACACUAUCGAUCUGGGUGAAUGUGAUCACAUGGUUCCUAGCAUUUUUUACGGCAGCAACGAAAAGAUGUGCAUUUUGUUAACUUGUUGCAUGCCAGUUUUAUUGGGUGGGAUCACUAAUGAAAAAUUGAUAUAUAUUUUGUUUGAUAAACCCCACAAAAUAAUAUAUAAAACAAUCUUCUGCAGCAUUGAGCAGGAAAUCCUAAUGUGCGUUUAAUUCUCGUAAUUUAGUCGACGUAAGGGAGUACAGUUCAUCAGCGAUCGCAUGCAUGAUCGCAUCAUCGAUGCUCUAACGUGAAGCCAAAAACACAGGAAAUAACAACAGAGGUGUGAUACAAAACGUCGAGUUUGAUCUUCCACGUACCGGAGCCCGCGACACGCAACGCAACUAUAGAUCGUAUAUAGUUUUGUCUCUCGGACGGCGACGUGCGUUUACUGUUAAGGGCACCGGUCAACUCGACUCACUCGCCAACUCGACUUGCAGUGUGACUUGUGUGACGAGAUGACUCGCCUGGAGAUCGGUCAGCUUGACUUGUGUGACGCGAUGACUCGCUUGGAGAUCGGUGACUUGUGUGACGAGAUGACCUGCCUGGAGGUCGGUCAGCUCGACUUGUGUGACGAGAUGACUCGCCUGGAGGUCGGUCAGCUUGACUUGUGUGACGAGAUGACUGGCCUGGAGGUCGGUCAGCUUGACUUGUGUGACGAGAUGACUCGCCUGGACGUGGGUCAGCUUGACUUGUGUGACGAGAUGACUCGCUUGGAGAUCGGUCAGCUUGACAUGUGUGACGAGAUGACCUGCCUGGAGAUCGGUCAGCUUGACAUGUGUGACAAGAUGACCCGCCUGGAGAUCGGUCAGCUUGACUUGUGUGACGUGAUGACUCGCCUGGAGGUCGGUCAGCUCGACUUGUGUGACAAGAUGACUCGCUUGGAUAUCGAUCAGCUUGACUUGUGUGACGAGAUGACUCGCCUAGAGAUCGGGCAGUUCGAGUUACCAGCCAACUCGUGUGAGAUGUUUCACGCGCUCUGACAUCGAAAAGUUUGCGUGCGAGUUAGUAAAUUUUGUGCCAUGGCAAUAUGCCUGUGCCGCAAAUAUAUCUAUGUACGCACGCACCGUGGAAAGCCUCCCUUUCGUUAGGAUACAAAUUAAAUGACUGCUUAAUAAUAUUUUAACCCACAUUAAUAUUUUUCACACACACAUGCAUACAUAUACAGGGAGUAACAAGGUGAACAGAAAAUAAAGAUCCAUGGACAUCCAAAGUACUAAA